UCUCAAAGGUUUUAGAAUAUAAAGGUCUUGAACAAUUAAAAAAUUAAAAGCUGAAAAAUUAAGUUCUAUUCAAAAAUAUAGUAGGCUAGCCAAACCUAAAGUAGCCUAACUACGAUAACAUCAUGUGUGCGAGUGCACGUCCGUGGUGGUUACAAAGCAUGUGGUGGAUGAGAACAUUGUUUAAAUAUAGAUCCGUGAAUGUCCUGUUGCCAACUAAAUUAUAAAUCUGUUUUCAUGCGUACUUGGUGCAAUGCUAAAUUAAAGAAAAGAACGUAUGCAAAAUGUUUUUUUGUUUUUUUAAAUCCGCAAUAAAAUAAAAAAAAAUCCUGCAAUAUUUAAGCCCGUUUUAUUUUUGGUUCUGGUCGAAGAGAAAACCCCGGAUUCGUCGCAAUAAAAGGCAAAGGACAAAAUGAUGAUGACCAAAUAGAGCGUGCGCGCUCAUGAGUCCUUGGACUCCUACAUCUUCACUGAUUGGUUAAAAAUGACAUCACAUGUAACGGUACUAUUUUUAGCUCCACGAAACGGCAUUACCUCAUCGUUUUCCCUCGCGCAGGUAUAGACGUACAACAACAAACAAUACUACAGACGCAGAGCAAGCGAGGGAGAGAAAGAGAGUACCAACUAUUCCACAACCGCUACUCCGUGCAGAAAUCAGUGAAACCUUUUUUUUUUUAACGUUUUUAAAAGCUGAACCACAUUUUCUGUUGUCUUUUAUCAGUUCAUCUCGAAGCUCCAUGGAUUUGUACAGAAUCCCUUAACCUGUUUAAGUAGCCUUCGGUUGCAUUUUGUGCUGUUUCCUCCUCUGUCACAUUUUCGAUAUCGGCGUUCAGCACGGAGUGAAGACUUUUGUGGGAAAGGCGAGCGAAAUUAGUCGAAGAUGGUGUUCUACCGAGACCGAGAGUCCGAUCGCCAACCCAUAUCCCUAAUCCUACCACAUCUGUACUUGGGCGCUGAGGCCGACGUUACGCAGGACGGCCUCUCGUCUCAGGGUAUCUCAUAUGUGCUGAGUGUGAGUCGCUGUUGCCCCCAGCCGUCAUUCUUGCCUCAGUCGCAGUAUUUCCGUAUCCCCAUCGACGACUCGCUCAGAGACGAACUUCUGCCCUGGAUUCCGCAGGCACUACAAUUUAUCGAUGGAGCUCUGUCCCUGGGCUGCUCUGUGCUGGUGCACUGUGCUGCAGGCAUCUCUCGCUCCCCGGCCCUCACUGUGGCCUACGUCAUGUACCAUCUGAGGCUGGACCUGGACCAGGCGUACCGGUUUGUGAAAGAGCGCAGGCCCUCAAUCUCCCCUAAUUUCAACUUCUUGGGGCAGCUGCAGUGUUUUCAAGGCACCCUAACCCAAAAAAGCAACUCCGAUAAUCAAAAUGCGCAGCCUGUCGAAGCUGAAGACUCCCGCUUGCAGUGCACCAAUGAGGACGUCUGCAAGAGUUCUGCCUCAACAAAUCAGGAUACGGAGAUUCCUGUUGCUAUGGAUAACCACUUCACUGAGGAGAUUAAAAGGCGUUCAGGCCACAUCACAGACUACACAUGUUUGGAUGCCCUGGAUGUACAUACUCGCAAAGCUCCUGCUCUAACCCUGAACUUAAAACAAGAGAAACAAUGCUUAUCAGAGCUUUUGCUCAAUGAUCAAAUCAGGACUCUCUCCCUUAACCAAAGAGAGAGGAGCGGCCCAACUAGAGCUGAGAUUCAAACUCAGAAUUCAGUUAAAAACGGUCAGACCAGACCAGUACCAAAGCCAACGCAACUACAAAUACCAUCAGGCACCGCGGCUCUCUCAGACAAGCGCAAAACCCUCACGCUUUCGCUUACACCUUUGGACACUCGCUCGGAAGCACGCAAGGACUCAUUGGACAAAGAUUUGAACAGCACCAGCCAGCCCCAGGGUCUGCCGGACGGCUCCAGAUCUGUCCAGGAGAGGGCGAUGGAAGCCCCCGGCAGCACAAAGGGAGGACGCCGGUCGUCCCAGCCCAAUGUUUUGUCCCUUCCGUCUGGGAGGCCUCCGAGGGGAACGUGCCGACCGCGUGCCGAAAAAACUCAGGGGGGUUCGUCCAGAGCUCAAAGGAAGGAGGGAAGAGGGAGUGUUCUCCGGCCGGCCUCUCCGCACGGUGGUGAUAAUUCGGCUUUGAGCCCUGACCGCAAGAGCCCCGGCACAAGUGGAGGCACAAAGAGGGAGACGCAGCGGUGGUGCAGUUCCUCAGGCCACCACCAGGGGGCUCCUGACAGGCACUGUGCCACUGCAGUGGAAGCUGUUGAAGGCCUUGAUGGGAAACAACUUCCGUUGUCACCACUCAACCUGACUGUUAGCAAGCUCUUCGACUGGGGUGGGAGGAUACUUAUGGGAGCGCUGCUGGGGCCCAGGGUGAAGAUCGCACAGCCAGCUCUGCCCUACCCAUGCUGAGAGGAAGGAAUUCAAACCAGCAAUCCCAAUGAGGUGUAACUUGUGGAAGGUCAACUGAACAUUGAGAAUGUGUGUGUGUGUGUGUGUGUGUGUGUGUGUGUGUGUGCACGCGCGCUUGUGCAUGUGUUGAUUCUUCAUUAAAUUGUAAGAGUGCAUGUAUACGUAGGAAUGUAUGUUUAUUUAUGUGACGUACACACACUGCUCUGAAGAAAUGGUCCACUCACGACUUUCCUUAUUCAGUUUCCUGCGUGUGGACAAAAUAUUUGAUUUCGUGGAUUUGUAUUUAUUGAUUGAUGUCUUUAUUUAUUGAUGUUAUUUAUGAAUCGCCAUUCAAAAAAUUGUAUUUUUUAUCACUUACUGCUUGUAAUGAAACAGAGUAUUAAUUAAAGACUGCUUAUUUUA